AUGUCAUCAACAGAGCAGCAACGUGUUAUUCUCGUUACUGGUGCUAACAAAGGCAUUGGCUUCGAAGUUGUCAAGCAGCUCGUUCAACAGCCUCUAAUCAAGAGCAAUGAUAUUAUUCUUCUUGGUAGUCGUGAUGCGAAACGUGGUCAAGAUGCACUGGCGCAGUUGGAUUCUCCCUCGAAUGUGCACCUUCUUCAAUUAGACACGUCGUCAGACGAGAGCAUUGCUCAUGCCACUGAUGAAAUCAAACAAAAAUACGGCGGUCAACUAGAUAUAAUCAUCAACAAUGCAGGUAUUGUUCCCAAAGACAAAAGCCACCCCUCACCCUCACCCUAA